AUGUACUCUCAUCCUCCACUAGAGGAAAAUGAUCUGAUACCCACAGACAAGCUCUUCGCCCACCGAGGUGGAGCACCGCCCUAUGGAAACUUCAACAUCUUCAGAAGGGUUCGCUUCGGCAUCACCCAACUCAUUGCCAAUACCCUCUCCUCUGGCUUCCUUAUUCUUAUUGUCAUCUGGGCGCUAUCUGUCCGUCUCCUAGCUCAGAUCCCCAAACUCCUCUCCACUUCGCCUUCAAGUCAGCCGAGUUGGGAUUGGGACGAUGUACAGCGGUGGGGCAAAGAGGGUCUGGUCAAGGAUGUGAAUUACUAUGCCAAGAGCUGUGGAUUUGAGAUCCGCAACGAGACGGUAGAAACUGCAGAUGGUUACUACUUGAGAUUGCAUAGAGUCAUCGAUCCUCAGCAGGAGGGGCAAACCAAGAGCAAUGGUAAAGGCGGGUUCCCAGUCCUGAUCAUGCAUGGGCUUUUCCAGUCCUCUGGGUCCUUCGUGACCUCAGAAGAGCGUAGUCUUGCCUUUUGGCUAGCAAGGCAUGGAGGCUACCAAGUCUUCCUCGGCAACAAUCGCGGCGUCUUCGACAUGGGUCACAAGCGCCUCAGUCGCUCGGACCCUCGCUUUUGGGACUACAACAUCCGCGAAUUGGCAAUCUACGAUAUCCCAGCACUAGUCGACUACGUCCGCAAAGAGACUGGCUAUGACAAGAUUGCUUACAUUGGUCAUUCUCAAGGCAAUGGAAGCGCAUUCAUCUCGCUGUCAAAGGACAUGGUCCCCGAGCUGGGAGAGAAGCUGAGCUACUUUGCCGCUCUGGCGCCUGCCGUCUUUGCCGGCCCAUUGACCAGCUGCUUCCCAUUCACAUCGCUGGGUCACAUGGAGUGGAAAGCUUGGAAGAGGGUCUUUGGCGUGCUAGACUUCAUUCCGCUGAUGAAACUCUCUUACGAUUGGACACCAGCUUGGCCUUACGCUCUGCUAGGCUACCAGAUGUUCGCCUUCCUCUUCGCCUGGACAGACGCCAAUUGGCUUCUGCGAAGGAAGGCCAAGAUGUUCCGCUUCACACCUCAGCCCGUCUCCUCUACCUCCAUCUAUUGGUGGGCAGGCAAAGACGGCUUUGCCUCUCGCGGCUGCAUCCUCGAUCCCAAUGCCGAGCGCUGGUGGGACUCUCGUUUCCCACCCCUAUCCGUCUUCAGUGGUGGCAUGGACUUUCUCGUUCUGACGGAUCCACUGGUGGAACGUCUAGAGAACGUAGAGGUGGAUGUGCAGGUGUUGCGCUUCAAGAGGCAGGAAGAGGCAGAGCACUGCGAUCACUUUUGGGCAGCAGAAGCAGUCGAGUGGUGUUUCCACGAUAUCCUAGAGGAUAUUGAGACGACGAGAACGCUUUACCCCGAGGAAGAGGCAGAUGGGGGCAGGAGGAGGAUUAGGACCGCUCCGCCUUUGCCGCCGUUGAGGGAUGAUGAGGAUGGUAGUGAGGAGAUGACGCUACGGGGGGACAGCGAGGCCUCUUCAAGCAAGCAGAAGGCCAGCUCUGUCAAUCUCAUGGACUAG